AUGGACACUGCUUCCUCAGCCUCUUCUCUGCAGUACCUUGCCAAACUGCUUUGCGAUGCUCCAGAAGACGAUGGUGAUGAUGAACAUCACUCUCCUGUUAAUACCAUGACUCCUGGUAGCAUUGGACCAGUAAAGAAAGAGAACACUGGUACUUUUCAGGUGACAUCUGAAAACAGUAAAACUAUUUGGAAUACAGAGGAGGUCCCAGAAGGAUCUGAAUAUGAUGAUACCUGGGACCCUAGAGAACAGCCAGAGUAUGAGAUUUUAUUCAAACAAUGUGUGGGAACAGAGGAUGUCUUCUUUGGGAUGAGCAGGAAAGACCCCUCCACAGCCUGCUGUGAAGAUAUAGUGAUUAAAAUCAAACUGCCAGAGACAAAGAACUCGGACAUCACAUUAGAUAUUCAGGACAAGGUUCUUGACCUUCGAACUCCCAAAAAGAAGCUGCUGCUGCACCUCCCCUACCAUGUAGACAGCAAGAAUGGGAAAGCUCGUUUUUUCUCUGAAGAGGAGACCUUGGAAGUCACCUUGAGAGUAUUGAGGGAGUUUGAUUUCAUAAAUUUUGGUUGA